AUGAAGGACGGAGAAUUUACCUGUUUUGAUGACAUUUUAGCCAAGAUCAAGCAGCUUUCUGAAGCCGAAAAGUGUAUGAUAACUGAAAUCAUAACCCUAUGUAAAGUUCUUCUUGUAAAUCCAGCAACCAGUGCAGCAGGCGAAAGAUCCUUUUCUUCUUCUCGGAGACUGAAAACGUGGCUACGCUCGACGAUGACACAAACAAGAUUUAGCAAUCUGACAAUACUUAAUACCCACAAGCAGAGAACAGACAAACUUUGUCUUAUAGAUGUUGCCAAUGAGUUUGCAGCUCUCAAUGAAAAUCGAAAAAUCAACUUUGGCACCUUCAAAGAAUCCGACUUAAAAAUGUCUGGGUGA